GAAAUAGAAACCGCGCCUGCGCAGUGCCGACAGGAGCUGUUUGCUGCUAUACCGUGUUCUGCGGACAUCACUGCAAUUCAGCAAGAUGGGCGAUCACUGGCGUCGAGUGUGCGAUACGUACCAGAGGGCAAUCACUGCCUCUGAGGUGGAGUCCAAAGGUGAUCCGGAGAAUGAACCUUACCGCUCCAAGUACCGGGCCCGGGAGCUCUUGCGGGAGGUGCGAGCUCUGCUGGGGGCGGAGGAGGAGAGCGGGGAGCGGCAGGAGGACGGAGCACAGGACGAGGAUACACAGAGCACGCUGGCUGCACGCCUGGCUGUCAUAGAAUACCGCCUGGGAGUGAACCACACCGAGACCGAGGAGAUGUCUGCAGGGGAGGAGCACCUGGUGAAAGUGACCCGCCUCCUGGAGAGACACCGUCUGUUGCAUGACUGUGUCUCCACCUACGUCCAGGCUCAGAAUAAUCUUGGAAUUCUCUGGGCUGAGAGAGGAGAGAUCAUCAUUGGACAAAAAUACCUGGAGUCUGCCGAGUCUUUAUAUCUUCAGUAUAUGAAAAAAAUUGGCAAGCCCCCAGUUGAUCCUGAUGAACACUUUAAACCUGAGGAGCAGAAGCUCACUGAGCAGGAAAGAUCAAAGAGAUUUGAGCGUGUAUACACCCAUACAAUGUACUAUCUAGCGCAAGUCUACAAACAUUUAAAACAGGAUGAGAAGUCAGCUCAGUACUGUCAUACAACCCUCCAGAGGCAGCUGGAAUAUGAUGGCUACAACCCAGUGGAGUGGGCAAUCAAUGCAGCCACAUUAUCACAGUACUAUCUGGGAAAGCAAUGUUACAUGGAAUCCAGGCACUGUCUUUCUGCGGCCAAUGUCAUCUUCAGCAAAGCUGGACAGACUCCUUCCCCUGAAGCUGCUCAAGAAGAUGAAGCUGAACAGGAGCGUCUUGAUCAACUAAGUCAAAAAAGAGCUCAAAUAGCCAGAUGCUGGGUGAAAUAUUGUAUCAAUUUAUUGCAGGAUGCACGUAAGAAACUUGAGGACAACAUAGGUGAACUUGAUGUUGAGCUUCAAGAAGAACUUCAGGCUAAACGUAGAAAAGAAGAAGAUGAAAAUGAGAAGGACAGGAAGAAGGCUGUCCUCUUCGGAUCAAGUGACAUAUACGACUCUAUUUUAGCGGUUGAAGAAAAAGUUCAUUGCUCGCUUCCUCUAGACUUUAAAGAAGCCAGGGAGGUAUUUCUAGUGGGGCAAAAUUAUAUAAAUGAAGCCAAAGAGUACUUUCAGCUGGAUGGACAUGUUACAGACCACAUUGAAAUUAUGCAGGACCACAGUGUUCUGUUUAAGGUUCUGGCUUUCUUUGAGGCAGACUAUGAGCGGCGUUGUAAGAUGCAUAAACGUAGGAUAGAUAUGUUGGAACCGUUAUGUAAGGAGCUAAACCCACAAUUCUAUCUCCUAAUUUGUAGACAGCUUCAGUUUGAGAUAGCUGACACUUAUUACGAGAUGAUGGAUUUAAAGGUAGCAAUUGGUAAUAAGCUAGACGAGAUGGACUCUCACACGAUAAAAAAAAUCAACAGCUUGUCACAAUCUGCAAUCAAAUAUUAUGAGAUGUUUUUGGACUCCCUAAGAAGCCCAGAUAAGAAGUUUCCUGAGAAGCUACAAGAAGAUGUUCUCCGUCCUGCUUUGGUAGCCAAGUUCCACAUUGCACGCCUCUAUGGAAAGCUAAUUUCCAGUGAUCUUAAGAAACAGCUGGAGAAUUUGCAGACAUCUCUAAAUUACUAUACAUUCCUAGUAGAAUACUGUGCAACAGAUGAGGAAGCUGUGAAAGCGGUGGAAACAGAGUUGGAACUUACCAGGGAGAUGGUGGCUCUUCUUCCUGCAAGGAUGGAAACGUUAAGAGUACAGUUGACCUAAGACAUACCAUGGGAUGUCCAUAUUUAAAAAGCUUUAUUUAUUAUAGUGUAUCUAUAGUUAAAACUUCUUUUAUUUGGAAUAGAGUAGGAGAUGAUUAAAGCCUCACUCCAGGAUAAAAUCAUCCCCUGCCCGCCAGCCUCCAACUAAUUGUUGUACUAAAAAACUUGCCUUUACUUGCCUGUAGCAGCAGUCACAUGAUGCUCUGACCCGAAUCUUCUCCCCUUUUGUUUACUUCAUGCAUGGGUCCUUUUGGGGGUACCCAUGUCGCUGCCUGCAUGAAGUAGACAGGCUGACAUCAGUGGAGGGAAAUAGGAAGGGGGAGGGGCUGGGUGACAGUCUCAGUGGGCCUUUGCAGUGCUAGAUUAUCAGUCUGCCUACUCAGACUGCAGAAACCUCGUCUGGCUUCACAAGGUUGCACAACCCACUAAUCCUGGCAGGAUGGGUUGGUGGAGGAUGAGAAGGAAGGAUAGUGGGUACAUUUUGUCCAGAGUGGGGCUUUAAAACCGCUGUCAGAUUUUUUUUGUUUUUCUGUAUCCCACUGUGACGCUUCCAGCCGAGAUAAGAGAAACAUGAGGUACAUUCUCCAAAAAUUGUGGGAUUAAUCACCUCUUAGACCCCUGUCCUCAUAUGGCUAGAAGUUAAAGGAAAACUUUCCAGUGUGAGGAUAGAUUUCCUUUAGAACAACAGUCUUAGGUGGCUACUUAUACAUUUGCUGCACGAAUGUUAGAAGCAUUUGUGCAAGUCGAAUGAAAUUGUUCAAUAUUUUUAGUCUAAAAGAUUAGUGCUUGCAUCGCCAGCUCCAUCUAGUUGCCAAAAUGAGGUAUUGUUUUCUUUAUUGAGUUAUUUCAGAAAACUAUACUGCAUUUUGGCCACUAGAUGGAGCCAACAAUACAGGCAUUAAUCUCUUAGAAAAGAAUGUGGCACAUUUUGUUCAAUUUGCACAAACGCUUCUGACAUUCAUGCAACAAAUGUUUUAGAAACAGAGUUUUGACAAGUGUCCUUAUAAGAAGAUUUCCCCUAUAUCAGAAAAUGGUCACCAGGACAAAUAGUGGAUCUUCAGAGAGGACAAAGCCUUACGUGUUCUUACUGAUUCCUACUCCAUCCGGACAAAAAAAGUUUUGGGUAUAGACACAAUUUAAGUCUAGUAUCGGCAGAAGAUAAAUAUAUAUCAGUAACUUUCAAUGCAAGAAAAAACAGAAAAUUGUAUCCUACUUACCGUCAUUUUCUUUUCCUGGUGCCUAGCCAUGGCAGCAUACCUGUGACAAGCUCCGCCUUGGCUCCUCCCUCAGGCCCGCAGGAGUGGGCGUGUCAUUUAAUUUCCAAGCGCCCCAGUGUCUCCUAGGAGCACAGCGUCGCGCUUCCCAGGAGACAAGUCAUAAGGCAGAUUCACGAAAUAUCGCAGGAUUUUACUCAUCACGUGACCCAUGAAGCAGGUCACGUGAUGAUUGCGGAUCAAAUUCCUGGAAGCAUUUGCUUGUGGGCUUCAUGCUGCCCACAAGCAAAAUGGAAACGGCAAGAAGAACUUUUUAUAAAUACAGAUUUAAUGCCGAGGGUAAUGCGGGGCAGUAGAAACUUGAAAGAUGGAAGUAGAAUUUUAAUUACAUAGCAAGAGUUAAAUUAAGAAAAAAAAAAAAAACGUCCGGACCGCAGAACCCGCCCAUUAAGAGACAAAAUGCUUGUCCCAAAAGAUCUUACAGCAGGGACUCCCAACCUUGUAAGCGUGUUUAGCUGCGCCCAAGAGAAGGGACCGCAUCCGGGAGAGGCUUGAACCCAGACGGAAGCUGCAGAAGGUAAGAAUGUUUGACCAGAAUUCACUGCCAUGAGGUCUGAGGAAAAAAAGGAGAAUGCUGGGACUGCACUAACCACUUCUUUUAUAAUAUUCACUAGUCCUGUGGGAGGAGCAAAGGCAGAGCUUGUCACAGGUAUGCUGCCAUGGAGGUGCCAGGAAAUAUCAUUAAAAAAACACUACCCCUGAAUGUUUUUGUAGAUUUUUUUUUUUUUACUAGUGAUUGGUUUUCUCUCAGAAUUUCAUUUGUUUGGCAAUGUUGCAUAUAUUAGGCUGUUUUCAUGUACUUCAUGACCCCCUUAUGAAAUUUGGUUGGAAUGACUACAGUCUUCAUGUAAAUAAAAAAAAAAAAAA